AUGGAAGUUGUCAGUGGCUUGGCCGCCACUUCUGAGGAGCCAACAUCCAAAGAUUACAAAUUACCAUCCUUCCUGGACUGCAAUGAAGAUCUGCGAAGGAGACAUUUUCUUCCUUCACAAGAGCAGCUUUGCUCCAUCCUUGAACUCUCUUUGUCUUAUAGGAGGGUACUUGAUGAGGAUAUGCAUCUUGCUCGACACCUCGGACUUCCCCUCAUGAGCAACACUAUGGCCAAGAACAUAGAUGCACUCUUCAAAAGCCCACAACCGCAAUUAAUCGAAGUCGACGGCGCAUGUGAAGACAACAUCACUUGGUCUGAUGUCGCUGCUGCCAAUUACAACCCUGUGCCCCAAGAGGAUGGGACCUAUCAUCUCUGGAUCUCUAGCCGAAGGGCUACGGUGGGAUUAUCCCAGUUUGAUCACAACAUCCUCCUACCCGGCAUUAUUCAGCAGCUUGUCCAUCCUUUGUCUCACGAACCUGAUGUGCAAAUGGAAAGGGAGACACUUUCUCUCGCAACUUCGGAAAUUACUUCAUGGAACCAGAUCGCGUUGGAAUUGGUGGAAACAAGCAAAUACUUACUUGAGAAAUUGAAGGAAAAGGCGAACUCACUUUCUUCUCAAGAAAGCAUGAUUCCAGAAGUCCAAGUUCCGGAUUAUCCGGAGCAUGUGGUGACUGAGUCGCAAAAUACCAGCUCGUCAAAGGGCGGAACGAAGAACUUGGCUAACAACGGCAAAGCAUGGGACCCUUAUGAAAAGGAUAUUGUUCCUACAUGGUUUGAGGCUCGAAAACAUCUUUCUAAGAAACAAAUCGAGCUUGAAUUUGAACGAGAUUUUGGUCACCGUCGGAAACAUAGCAGUAUCUACGCUGUUUGGUAUCAAAGAAAGGGCAAGGAAAAGAGCAAGCGAAAGAAGGCUCUUCGACGCCAAGGGAAACUUUCACUUCCUCACGAUACCUCAUACUACCAAACGACGAAGACCUCUGACUGCAAUGAGAGCUCAUUUGGUUCUGCUUCCAACCCGGAAUAUCUACUGGCUGUGGUCUCUCCGCUGAACGUCACUUAUCCGACUCCUGAAAGCGCUACAGAGUUUGUCCCGGCGCAAACAGAGCCCCAAUCGAGGCGACCUGGAAAUGCUUCUCACACUGAUAUUCAGCAUGAUAUGUCAAUGAACACCGCUGAAUGGGGUACGCUUGAUGGUGUCCCAGAGAUAGAACCUACUCAGUCGGACACAACGGCACAAAUUUCUCUAACAAACGGUGUUGAGGACUCACGAGCGCCUUGUAUCUCGCUCGAUACGGAAACUGAUUUGGGCUCUAAAGAACCAGACAAAGCGGAAAGGCUUUCUCGGCGAAAGCAGCCACUGGUACGACCUGCUCAAGCAACAAAGCCAAGCAGAUCUUCCUCACUGAGCCAACCCCGAUGGACUGCGCUCAGGGCUCAAGUCGGAUGCUCCGACGUUGGGGAUAUGCAAAGCAUUGAUCCAAUCGAGGCCAUGGACCCAAACCAUUCUCCUAGUUUUCUUGGACGGAUCCUCAACUAG